AUGGUGAUAAUCAAUAAAGUGAGUGAGCCUUUGGAAGGCGCAGUCAUGGAAGAAGUGACCAAGGGAGUUAUGUUGGGAAUCCUAGCUGCUGGAAAAGAGUCCAACAAUCAUGACAACGCACCACCACGACCCACGACCAAACCCGCUCAGUCGCCUUCAUGGUUUGGAUCCACCGAAAAUCCGCCUAUAGAAACCAACAAGAAUCAAACCUUCCCAUGGGAUGCUGAAGCGGUAAAGCUCAUUACUGGUUCACGACGAGAUCAAGCCAGCAAACCUCUUGCUUCCAUUCUAAAGGAAGACUUGAACUUGAACUUGCUGACCGAAUUUGAAUCCUCCCCAGCAGCAGAUCCAAAUGCACCAAAGGAGUGGAACACCAGAUCGUGGAGAGUUGAAGAUAAUACGAUUCAUGGAUAUGUAGCGCAGAACGAUGACAUGGUGGUCCUUGCCUUUAGCAGUCGGCAGUCAGCUUUUGAUUGGAUUGCUGAUGUGGAUACCUCCACUGCCUUCUGGAAAAAGAAUUUGUCCUCCAUGUCCAAGGAGGAAAUGUCCAUGCCAUCGCCAGGCGUAUUUUGCAGUUUCUUUGGUGGUGGUGGAGCAUCCAUCUGUCAAUCAUCGUCUGAUAUUACAGUCAACCGAUACUUUUACCAACUCUUCCUGGAAGUCUGGCCCAAGAUUGAACAAUACAUUGAGGUGGUCUUGCGACCUAGUGGACGGCCUCGAACCCUGCACAUUGUGGGGCACUCUCUUGGUGGUGCUAUUGCCACUUUGGUUGGUUGCCAUUUGAUAUUGGAAUAUGAUUGGAAUCAACUACCGCAUGACCUCGUGGUAGUCACCAGUGGCAGUCCGCGCACAGUCAGCCCCCAACUGAAGUCCAUGAUCGAUGCGCGACGACGACUGUUUGCACUAAACACUCGUGUCUAUCGAGUUGUCAAGGGGGCGGAUGCCAUCAUUACCCUCCCUCCUCCACGUAGCAGUGGUGGACUAGAACACUUGGUGGAUCCAAUUCUCAUAACCGACUCGGGAGAAAUCGGGUGGCAUCUCAUGGGAGAGGCCUUUGAUACCAACGUGAGGCUGCUCCGAAAAGCACUCCAAAAUGCUCAAUUGAGCAAAUUUGUACAGCAUCACCGACAAGAUGCUGGUGAAGGUCGAGACGACAUGGACUACGGUCUUGGAGCUCCAAACAACUCGUUUGAAUAUUCAAAACUGGUGACUCGCUUGCCCAAAGCCCUUCGAGAUCAUCUCCCCAACUCCUAUUUGCAGCCCAUGUUGAAUGCCCAAGGAUGGAGGUAUGGAUCCAUUCGAGAAUGCUUUUCGGAAGAAUCCUAUAGACAAACGCCAGACCAACGACAGGCCAAGGCAAGAGAGAAUCGAGCCAAGCCAGCAAAUUACGUUCCCAAGAGGUUCCUUCGCCACGAGCACCCAGAAGAAGAAAUACACUGGUAG